CUUCAUUCAACCCGUCUUUUUUUGCAAGGGCGAUACAGCACAAAUACCAGAGCAAAGUACAAGUACGGAGUAGUUACUCCGUAGUUACCGCUAAACGGAUAUGGGGGUAUCCAUCCCACCUGACUUUGGGCCCCUAUCCUGAGCCGCAACAACUGGAUGCUUUGAUGAGGACGAAUCAUGAAAUGUUGUUCCAAACAUCGCGUCCAUGGGUCCUUCGCAUAUGAUUCCAGGAAGCAAGUAAUCCGGGGAUAAUGAGAGUAAUUUGUCGGGGUGUUUAAAUCGUGCGGUCUUAGUGGGGUCCGUUAAGCCGUUUUAAGUGGUGCCAAUCUGCCCCGGCGGUCGUAGGCUGUCAGCAAGCACUGGCUAGGAUGAGACACAUGGAUGUCGCCAUCAAGCAUCGAUUUGAAUAUCUGGUAUCGAGAUAUCAGGCAAUACACCGUAACAGCCGGGCGGAAAGAUCAUGACCUCCCUACGCAGUACAAAACUGCAUGCAUCCGUAAACACAGUUCCCCCCCACUGUUUGAUCUGCGGAGUGUCAACUGGGCUUUUCGCUUCGGUUGGAGGAGGCCGGAGCUUACAUGCCUGGAAACUUCUCAACUGCCUCUAGCUGGAUGGGCGGCGGAGCUAGCUGCUGCUGUGUAUCAGGCUUCGUAUCGCACUAAAGAGGCGCGCCUAGAGAGUGUGAGGUGAGGAGGGAGGGGCAAAUACCUCCAUAUCCGUCGGAUUUAAUUCUUCUUCUUCUUCUUCUUAUUAUUAUUAUUGAUUGGCACUUUCUGUUUCCUCUCUCUUCUUCCUAGUGUUGUUUGCUUCGCUAUCUUCCCUCGGGGUCUUCUUCUGUAUAAAACAUCAGCGUUAACCAAUGGCUCAGGACGAGGUCAAAAUCAGAAGAGCGACAGACCAAAGUCAAUAAUAAUAAUUAUUGCAUAACAGGUCUUCCCAGUCGUCAAUUUAACUCCAGACUUACGCAGACUUACGCAGCGUAUUCCUGUUUUCCCGGUGCUUGGAUCCGCCGAGUUGGUCGGACACCCCCCGCGCUUUUUUUUUUUUUUUUUUCCCCACGCCGCCCACGCCGCCCACCAGCAAAGGAGCGAUUCCCCCCAGCGAUUUCCCCCAGCGAUUUCCCCAGCGCAUCCCCACAUACAAACCAAAACCACAAACCUCAUCACAUCACCUUAAACCAACCAACCGCCUCACCCCAACCCUCUCACCUCGCCAUUAUUAUUAAUUAUUAUUGCUUCGUUUCUCCCGCAGCAUUCUCCUCACCUCUUUCCCCCCCCACACCCCCCUUACUACCGACACUCCUCGACCCUCCUCGACUCUCAGAGGAGAAUUAUCAAGUUGUCAAGUUGCUUGACAAGACUCGGGUUCUUGGAGACGACGCUCCCCCUGGCAAGAGGAAGAAAUAUCUUCGUUCCGCGCCUCUAGGCCGCUUCAAAACUUUGCUCGUCCUCUCCGACUCGCUCCACUCUCGCUUUCGCUUGGGUAUCUUUUCUGUGGCAUUUUACGCCCAUUCCACCCUCAGCAUAUUCACUGUGGCUGCAGGUUUGAUUUCUCGACUCCUGCAGUUACCAGAUAGAUAACAUCGUUGGAUUUGCCCGUCGCUGUUUUGCGACUUCCGUACCGCCUUAUCUAUCUAUCUCUUCCACCUCCUCCCCAAUAAUGGAGAGUUUCGACACCAUGACCGCCAUUCCAUACCUAGGCAGCCCGCUGUCUAUGGCCAAUAUGCAAAAUACCGACUAUCUCAAUGCCAUGCCUUCACUAGAUAUUCCAGACUCCCAUUCAACUUAUGACCAUGAGACAUUUGUUAGCGGUGACGACAUUGGCUUUGCGCAACCUCAACUUCCAGCUCACUCUAUACGGCGCUUCUCUAAUACUCACUUCGACGACCCUUUCCCAGAAAUGAUGCCCCCCUUCGAAACCCUCCCGUCCGACCAGCAACUUCAACAAGACUCCUCCAUCGACCAUAACCAUAAGCUGCUCAGCUUUUCUAUACCCAUGUACAAUUUUACUUUGCUAGAUUACUCACUACGGCGAACUUCCAUAUCAAUGGCUGCCCAGCUUCAUGGCAUGUUUUUCCUUGCGGAAUCGCCGUGGACGACUUCACCAACGACCAAACCAAGUGGACCGCCCCCGAUGGCGGAAUUAACUUGCUACAGACGAAAUCUUUUCCAAAUCACAGGCUCAGUGACACUACCACGUACAAUGAGAUAUAUCAUGACGGAGCAGGGCGAUCGCAUCCCCAUCCUUGCGCAGGAGCUCAGAGUCUCGGCGACUGAAUCAGUGGAGGGUAAUCCCGUGAAGAUUAUUUCCGUUCCCUGGAAAACACCUGCUGCCAACGCUACAGGUCAACCAGAGGACAAGACGGAAAAGGAACCCCCUUCAAUUCCUUUGGAUAUCAUGGCAGGUCAGGAUAUCGAUUCGGAUUAUGCCACUUUCUCGAUUGCGUGGAAACGGCUGCAGUUUCGCAUCGCUACAGCGAAUAAUGGCCGGCGGAAGGAAUUACAACAACACUUUGUCGUGAGAUUGAAGAUUGUCGCAACAUUGUCAACAGGCGAUAAAAUUUCAAUCUGUGAGGCGCAUUCUGGACCUGUGAUCGUGCGCGGUCGUAGCCCAAGGAAUUUCCAGUCGCGAAAGGAUCUUCCUCUUAGCGGGAGUGCUGCAUCCUCACGAAAACAUGCCCAGGCAAACGCCAACCGGGCGUCGACAAGCGAGGCCUCUGGAACAGCAACAAAACGGAGCAAAUCUCCUCAGGAUCAAGACGCCAAGAAACAGCAACUCCCAUCAUCAUCAUAUCCGGAAUGGACGCAGGCCUCAAGUGGCCCUUCCGCUCCUCUCCCCACAUCCACUUUUACCAACUCCAGUGUAAACGAUGCAGCGAAUUCUUAUGCGAACUCCAGUCCAGAGGUAUCUCAACAUCGUGAAAAAAGACGGCGAAUCAGUGCCACGGCACGUCCCAUCAGCCUUUCAUUCAUUGAUGAGGGGUCAAGCCCAGGAAAUUCUGUGGGGGAUUCAAAUGGCACACCCCCCGUCAUGCCAAUGGCUACAAACGUAAACAACCAUAGACAGCGGGACAGUGACGGGUCACCUUCAGGGAAGCUGCAGAAGAUUUCCACAGCGCCACCAAAUCGUCAACCUCUAGCCCACAACAAUCACAAUUCCUCAGGCAAUAUGCCCACUCUAAACCAAACGCAGCACCAACAUCAGCUGCCCCUCCUAGCAUCACAGAUACUCAAUCCCAAUGAAACUGCAGAUUUUCUCUACGAGUACUUCCCGCUCGGUUUGGAUGACUGGCAAGCCCCUGUUGAUGCAGUUUAUCGACCUCACGUUGUCCAUCAUACCCACUUACCGGAUGACCCCAAGGCGAUCGCCGCAAGGAGUCGGAGUAGGACAUAUUUCGUCGAGGGGAGCUAAAGCAUACAUAGCUACAUACGCCGCCUUUCCAUAGACGCCUUUUUUAUUGGGAUCCACGAGCACGUUUGAUAUAGCUCCCAUCAUUCUAUCUGUUUCACUUUCCCUGGUUAGGAUCUUCUCAUGAAGUUUGUUAAACUGCCGUUCACACUUUCUGUUUUGGGGGCGAUGAAAAUCUCUUUCUUUUCUUUUUUCCUUUCUUCCCCCUCUCUUCAUGAAUUGGAUAUGGGCGGGAAAAAGUAUUUUUGGGAAAUUAAGGGAGCCCUUUUUUUUGUUAGGGGGCUUGUUUUCUUUCUUGCUGUAACCUUUUUUUCUUCUUCUUGGAUACCUAUAUGUUGUUUUCUUAUAAUGUUCACCCCUCCCUUCGAAAUUUUGUCUUAUAUCUACUCUUUUCCUCUCCCUUUUUGACUUUGCUCUUUUGAAUGCGCCCCCUUCCUAUAUAUCCGACCGAUUUCGACAUUGAACCUCCUCGAAUUUUUAUACCUAACUGGAUUCGUUAGGCAGGCACCCCCAUUUCAGUUGUAUAUACGUACACAUAUAACCACAAUACCUUACAUACACUGGUUCUUAAACCUAACAGUUCAGGCCUUUUUCAGCCCCUCAAGCCACCAGCGUCUUAUGCCAGACCUGGGCGAAAUAAGCUUCGGGUGGAAUGGAUUUCUGUCCCCAUUCUCGUUUGCAUGUAAAGCGAAAUCCCUGUUUAAGCACAGCGUGGCAAGGGAAUCCCUCCAAAUCUCCACCCCCCCCCCCCUCCUCGCUUAUCAGCUUAUAGAGAUUGUAUGUAUUAUUACUAGCAGGCGCAAAGGGCCGAUAUUCUCACCCCAGAAAAAGGAAGCAAGCAGGCAGAGCUGGAAACCUCUUCCCAAAUAUUUCCGGCUGAAAUCGAACCAAUCAAAACACCAAACCCACUUUCUCUGACUUUAGUUUUCUGGAUCUUGGUUCUGAAGAUAACUCAAAAAUGAUAAAGCAAAUCCGAGGAUCGACGCCGACGCAAUCAUCAUCAUUAUUAUUACCUAGGUACAGUGCCUGAACCGACCCAGACCCAGUCGUAGCCUGUGUCCCACGGACAUCCACGCUGUUAAAUCCAUGGAUGAGGAGUACCUGGAUGUAGGCUAUCUCGGAUCCCGCGUAUCAACAUCCGAUUUUCCUUGUCAGACGGAGCAGGGCGCGGAAAUCGAGAUUUCAUCAAAUUAACCUUAAUCUUCCAACUAGCGAGCCUUUUUGACUUUUCCCUAGAAAAAGAUUCCUAACCUGCCACGUGGGAGGAGGGGAGGAGCUGUGGAUAGCAUGAGCCAGACAUGCUAUGCUGUAAGUGGGACUACUUUCUGCAGAAUGAAUUCUACGUAAAGGGGCCAAACAUUUAUCUCCCCUCAUCCAUAAAUAGGAUAUAAAUAUCCAGCAAUUUCAAGCGAGCCAACCUCCAACCACAUGUCCGCAGAUAUGUCCGAAGAAGAAGAAGGUCAGUUAAGUGGGGGCCUCAGUUGCUUGCGUCAGUCAGAGUUUUGAUUCCAACGGGGCGUUGUGCAGAGAAUGUUCUAAUCACCUUCCAUUCUGGAAGCCGUUGGAAAGGGGAUUUUUUUUGCAAAAAAGAAAAGCAAAAAGGAAAAAAGGAAAAAAAGAAAAGAAACUUUCCAGCAAAAACCAGGCGCUAUCGCUACGAAACAACCUUUUCAAAACGCGCCCCCCUUCAGCGUCUAAGUUCAGCAACUAAGUUAGGCUUCGCGGCGGGAUUUUUUUUUCCGUCUUCCCCUGGACGAUGCUGUUGAUAUUCUUGCUCAGUGCAUCUUACCAAGGCGCCUGAUGUCGCGGGAAUUGGGAGUGGCGCGGAGAGGGUCCCUAUACACCUUCACCUCUGCCCAUCAUGCCCAACUAUCCCCCAUGGGACAUUAAAAGAGAAAGUAAAAGAGUAGUUCAAAAGAAGUCAGAAAAACAAAUAAAAACUUUUAUGCUCGGCCUCCUUUUCUUGUUCCUCCCCUUCCUCAAUAAUAUGUCAGCUUUGAAAACCACAAUGACCCCUCUGAAUAUUCAUUCUCAGGAGAAUGAAAACGGCGGAACGAAACAGAUGCCUGAAAAUCUUUUGGUCAGGGAUUGAGAUUUUUCAUACCCGGCGAAUUUCAAGCUCACCAUUUUCAGAAAAAGCCUUGACCAAUACGCCGUCAUGUUUGUUUGAAAAUUUAGCCAGGAAUUGAGAAGCACCAUGAAAAUCAGAUAAACAGGAUGUAUGAAAACUCCUGUGCCUCACGAGCAAGGUUCUAAAGCAUCUGGGUGAGGGUAAGGAGACUGACGAUGCACAACGGUUUAAAUAUGAUAUUCUAUACUCAGCUGUGAUUUCUAGUUUUGACUAGGGAACAUACGGCUCUAAAUCAGCUACUCCGUAUAGAGAGAAGAUUUGAUACUUUUCAGCUCACAGGGGAAGGACAAACUGAAAGUCAAAGGGAUUGAAUUCGUACAGUACUGAUGAUCGAUCAAUCCCAUCACAGAACCGACCCGUCGGUGUAUCCUACCUACCUACCCAUUAGGAGAUCAUACCCGGAUGCUCUGAAAGAAGAACAGAAUCACUCAACCCACACAGGGAGAUCCCACACAAAUGUUUAGAAUAGCAACCCACCCUUCAUGCAGAUGGUUGGGAAACCCCAACCACAGUCUUCCAACCACCUGGAGGAGAGCUGCCAGAUUCGAGCCACCAAGCUCGCCCCGGACCAAAAGGGAGGGGGGCUGGCGCAGAAGAUUGGCCGACCAGGUCAUGUCGCAAUACAAUACACACACACUCCUUGAGCACGAGAGAUGCCCUUAGCCAAUUGCAUGAUAUGCCAUGUUAUGGAUCUCUGAUGAAUGACGCGCAAAAAACAGGCUGGAUGUUAUCUCCCAUCCCAAGGGAUUAAGGAGUUUUAUUGGAGAAAUAUGAUUCCGUCCUCUGGAGAGCCCUAAGAAAAAUAUAUAUAUAAAUAUCGCUUUGUGCUCUUGAUAUCUGUGGCUUUGCCCAAUAUCCACUCGGCACAACUUCAUGGGAAUAGACAUCGAGACAACCCAUCACACCCCGCACUUCCACAGCUCUCACCAGCUAGAUUUGGCCAUAAUUGUGUGAUACAUGGCUAUUUUGAGCAAAGAUGUAAGAACUCCAGUUUGAUGAUUGGAACGCCAGAAUGGCCCAUAUUAAUCUUCCAGCGAAAUGUUGUUGAGGGGGUGAGGGGAAAGGAGAUGUUUGUCAAACCAAAAGCCGUUGCGCAGAGGACACUCACACUUUCCUCUCUUCAAGAUGGGAGUCCCAUCUCCGCAUAGAUUUUAUACGAAUCCAUCCCAUUCCAUAUAUUGAAGAUGGAAAGGCAUGAAUGAUAGCUUAGAAACUGGCGGGGAAACCGGAAAAGCCGACACAAAGCUCAGAGAUAAAAAUAAGCAGUGGGGGUGAAUGUUACCCCAUGCUCAACAUCUGACUCUGUCAGAUCUCUUAAUGCAAUCCGCGCUCAUAGGAAAUCUUUGAAAUAGAAACUUUCUAUCCAAAAGUUCGCAAGACGCUGUCAACCGAGUUCGACAAUUUUACAACGAAGAAUGCAUAGUGGCCCAAGGCGAAUCAGAUCACCUGAAUGAGACGUGUGAAGCGCCAAAGGGCGCUGAAGAUUCUCAGAGAAACCAACAUUAUCUGAAACCUAAGACAGCAGGGCCGGCCGUCUACAUAACACUAUCGCGAUGAGAUCGACAGACAGAUAGACAGACAGAUAUAUUGGGCUCUUAAAUGCUGAAAGAGGAAAUGUUACCGAUUAUCUCCUCCCUAUCUCCUUACGUACGUGUCAAUGUGCGAAAACAGCGCACCAUCACUCUCAGCUAAAUCAUCCCAUCUGGGCACGAUCUAUAAAAAACAACUUACCAUAGAGCAACCAUCACAUAGAAGGCCCGCAUCUCAUAUCAACCCCGCCCCGCCAACAACUCUAGCCUCAAACCUCUCAAGUUGAAAAAUUUGCGCGCGAUGAUCGGCCCCUCAAUUUCCACCCCGUCAGUCCCGUGAGAGCAACAUACAAGGAAUCCUGCUGCGGCUAAGAGGCGGAUAUCCAAUUGUGGUGUCAGCGCGUAGGGAGUUGACAGUAUCCGCGCAUCGCAUGCAUUUGCUGGAAUGACAUGCAGAUGCAACGCUGCUGAAUAGCUACAGCGUGGUUAUGAGUUGUUGAGUUUUGAAUGGGAUGCGGUGUUGAAUAUGUAAGAGAGUCCGGAAAUGGAAAAAGGGGUAGGUAGGUAGGUAGCCAUUAUCUGUUUCCAGGGCGUUUUCUGGUUUGUUCACUGGCAUAUGUAUGUGUGUAUGUAUAUAGUUAGCUAAACCGCGGGCGUGGGGCGAAGGAACAGCGUCUCUUUUCGUAGAAUACAAAGCACAUGCUAGCGUAUAGUUAGUUAAGAACAUCCAUUUUCAAUUCAUGUCCCGUUAUUUCUGCCAACAUCAUCCCCUAGAGGUUGUUAGCAAGCAUACCUCCGAAGAAACAAACCAAGAUAUGGAACGAUAGCCCAUCGAAAGAAAAGCUACCAUCGUCGUACAAACAUAACCAGCCACCUUCAAACCCUCGAUUUUGGACCUGAAAAGGCCAUGUGCGACCUAGCUACUAACCAUAUCAUAAUAUAUUUACUUCACCGGGCAGACAAACACCACCACGGGGGAGGAAGGGAGAAAGGGAGGAAGGGGGGAGGCACGAUAUCGAUCAGCAUUGUCAUCAACGCCAGACACGCACGCGUCAAUUCUGUGACUUCCUGCUAGCAAGACGAAAGACCAUGAACGCACCCGACUCUUUUGAACCCCUACGCUUCCCAGACGGGUGGGACUGAGGUAUCACAUCAGCUCUCGGGCAAAGAGUAGGUAGGUAUAGCGGUCGUAUGAGAGCUUCCACGAACCCAAGGGGCAAAAAAAUCUCCCGCCCCAUCGCCAUCAGUGACGGCCAUCCAAAUCCCGACCUCGAUCUCAAGAUGUCAUUGUUAACAACAAAAACGCCUAGAAUCUGUCUGUCUCUUCCCUGACAGAGGUCCUCUUGAAAACCGCCUCAGCUGAACUGGCCAUGACCAACCUGCACAGCAGCAGAAGAUAGGCAUUGAAUUUGUUUUUGUAGUAAAUUGCGGAGCCCUGGUCCAUAUAUUCCAGACAUAUAUAAUCAGGAAUCUGAUCUUUUUUAAGAUUGAUGAACCACUAAUAAAAUCUUCUUUUAUUCGUUUCUCUUCUAAUUUCUUUUGCUGUAGGUAUCAAAAAGUCCUCAAAUCACUGGGAUAUAAUAUC